AUGACUCAAUCCAUAGACCUAACCUAUUAUAAAUCUAAUGAGAGGAUUCAACUUCCCAAAGAAGUAGUAAGACUAGCCACCCUAAAAUAUACAGAGAUUAAAAUGAAAACGGAAAAUAGAGCCUUAGAACCGAUCAGGGUAAAUACGAGACUAAGACAAGUAGAUGCACUUUCACCAGUGCUCGAGAAAGUUGUUAGGGAAUCAAAUAUCACUGCAUGUAUCCUGUUAGCGCAGUCGCCGCAGACCACUGUUGAAGAUUCAACUUGA